AUGGCGAGGACCAAGCAGACAGCGCGGAAAUCCACGGGCGGCAAGGCUCCCCGCAAGCAGCUGGCGACCAAGGCGGCCCGCAAGAGCGCUCCGGCCACGGGGGGCGUCAAGAAGCCGCACCGGUAUCGUCCGGGCACGGUGGCGCUGAGGGAGAUCCGGCGCUACCAGAAGUCGACUGAGCUGCUGAUUCGCAAGCUGCCCUUCCAGCGCCUGGUUCGCGAGAUCGCCCAGGACUUUAAGACCGACCUCCGCUUCCAGAGCUCGGCCGUGAUGGCGCUGCAGGAGGCGGGCGAGGCUUACGUGGUGGGGCUCUUUGAGGACACUAACAUGUGCGCCAUUCACGCCAAGCGGGUUACCGUUAUGCCGAAGGACGUGUACCUGGCGCGGCGCAUCCGUGGCGAGCGUGCCUGA